AUGAACGGACCUCGCGACAUUGGCAUGUCGGCGUUUAAGCGACGUGGGAGUGGCAGUCCCUCGGCGGCGGUAGCGGAGGGUGUGCGGCCCGCACCAUACCAUACGCCUGUGCCAUUGUUGUCCACAGGUAUUCCCUCGCUCGAUGAUAUUUUGUGCGGUGGUGGCAUCCUUUCUGGAUCAGUGUUGGCGUUUGUGCCUUGUACAGGCAUGGCUAACGGGUCGAUGGCACAGCUAGGUGCGCCUGUGCUAGGAGGGGAUGGUCGUGCCCUAUACCAAGACGAAAGCGUUUCUGCAGCUGAUGCCUAUACGGAUCUAUUUCUAGGCUACGCUACUGCGCAAGGGAUCACCUCGCACCAUACCACGGUGGUGAUUGGAGAAGCUGCCGACGCAUUUGUUUCGAAUCUGAUGGGCCAAGCUGAAGAUCCGACGACUGUCGAUGAGUCUGAUACUAGCGUGACACAGACAGCCGAUGAUUUGCAACGUAUGAAGAUUGCAUGGCGAUACGACCACACACGAACGUCCACCAAGCCAUCUCUCCCAGCAGCUAUGAAUACUGUGUUUGAUUUGUCCAAACGUAUACCCUAUUCCAUCAUUCGUGCCGCCAAAGAUGCUCAUUUGCUGCAUGUCGCCUCGUUGGAUAUGGAUGAUGCUCUCACAGUGGCAUGGGACGCCAUACAGACAGCGGUCGAGCAGUGCAAGGCCCAAGCCGCAUCUCGCUCGUACGCACCUGUAUUGCGUAUUGUACUCCGUGGGUUUGGCUCGCCUGCGUGGAUGGAACAGGGCUCGAGUUAUGACUUGGUUCGUUUCCUUCUCCGACUUCGUGCGCUGGCGCGUUCGUUGGCGAUGCCGGCAGAGAGUACCAACGAUGCGAUUCCGUGCCUCGUAGGCUUGUCGCUUUCUCCCUUUGUAUACCAUGCCACAGACACUGUACCAUCAGGGAUGAAUGUAGCGCAACGUCUGCUGCAUUUGACCGAUGGGUGUAUUGGUCUUUCGUCUUUUUCCGCCACACCAGGGCUGAGCGAGAUUUUCCCCGAUUUCACAGGCGCCCUGCGUGUGUACCGUACUCCUGCGAUUGGCACACUUACCAACCCAUCGCUGCGUGUCUCCAUUUUGCGUGGCAUGGGUGCCGGAACCACAGCCUCAGGCUCGGCCAACGAAGGCGGCGCAGGUGGUGGUGAGAACAACUUGGCCUUCAAGGUCAAACGAAAGCGCUUGGCCAUCGAGACGCUGCAUUUGGACAUUGAAGGCGGUGUGAGUGAGCGACGGACGAAGCCGAAGGAGCCCCUGGGCCGGUCAGAAGCGCCGUCCGACCCAUCGCCUGCGCCUGCGCCUGCGCCUGCGCCGCCGUCCGAACCAUCAACGCCCACGAUAUCCACUGUACCUGAAACAGCAUCCCAGCCUACCGCCAGUCCAGCGAAUCUACCUCGCCUCUUCACUGGUUUGAAGGAUUUACGGCAACGUGGCCUGGCCGUGGCCAAGUCAUCGUCGGUAGCUCGACCACAGGAUCUGGAAUUUUAA